AUGGGCCACAUUCGGGCACAGAACCUGGACUUGAACAGUAAAAAAACAAAGUCACCUUUUGUUUCUCUUUGCAACGCCACUCAGGGAAGUGAUUGCCCCUUGUUCAUGAGGCCCAACGGUAUGGAUGGCGCCAAGCAUCAAAUAAAAACCAGUUUGUCGAAAGUUAAUUUCUUGGCGCGUAUUUGCGUAACGGGCGUUGCAGGCGAUGAGGUCCGUGUCAGUCUGCCUCCCCUGGCUCCCAUUUUUCCCGUGAUCAAUGUAGUGUUCUCACUCAUUCUCGCCGAAUACAGCGAUGAAGACCCCGAAAUUGUCCGCGCCAAAUUCUUUUUCCGGGACGAAUUCUUGACGUGCGUGCGCUACGCCAACCAAUUAGCGCGUCAGCUUCAUGAUGUAAUUGUAUUGGCCAAUCGGAAGGUAACAGCGGACAGCAAUAACGGCCGUCACUACUGUUACCCCCACCUGACCUGCGCAGUGGACACUGAGAACAUCCGACGAGUGUUUAACGACUGCCGUGACAUUAUCCAAAGAAUGCACCUCCGUCAGUAUGAGCUCCUGUAG